UAUUAAUAUUUAUUUUGAUUGAGCUAUUAAAGAUUAAAACAAAAAGGGGAGGAAGUUCAAAAAGAAGAAAAAGAAAAAACCACGAAGAAGAAGCAAGGCAAAAUAGAAAAUAUACUUAAUUCAUAAACCGAUGUCGUUUAAGGAUCAACUCCCACUUCCAAAAUUAGACCUCCUAAACCCUAAAACGUUAAACCUCUGUUACCCAGGAGAAGGCGAAGAAGGCCAACCAUAGUUAAGCUGAUAGAAAUGCUUGUUGCUCGAAACAAGUCUCUCUCGAAGCUCAAGCCUUUCCUCUCUAUCUGCUUCUUCGCCAAAUCGUCAGCAACUGCUUAUUCUUCUUCUCCUUUAAAUUUGUCUUCACUUGUAGAACUUCACCAUGGAAACCCAGCCAAAUCUUCUCAAUUUCCAACCACUUUCUGCCAUUAUUUCUCUUCAAAACCAGCAAAACCUCCACCAAAACAGUCUUUGAUCCUUGCCCGAGAUGGAAAUUAUGACGAAGCCGUUGCCCAGACCCUCGCAGUCUGCCCUGGUUGUGGGGUUUACAUGCAGAGCUCUGAACCUAAACAACCUGGAUUCUUCACCAAACCCUCGCACAAAGAUCCCAAAACUUACAAAUUGCUUGCCCAUCUGGAACCCGUAUCUCAAGAGCUCGAAUUCUCCGAUUCGCUGAAAAGGGGUGUUGUGGUUGAGCCUGAAAGCUCUGGUGUUGAUGCCGAUUCGCCUCAAGUCGGGCCCGAGAGGCCGGUGGUUUGCGCUCGUUGCCACUCUCUGAGGCAUUACGGGAAGGUGAAGGAUCCGACGGUGGAGAAUCUGCUUCCGGAUUUUGAUUUCGAUCAUACGAUAGGGAGGAAGCUGGUUUCCACUACUGGAACUCGGUCCGUGGUGCUUAUGGUUGUGGAUGCAGCGGAUUUCGACGGUUCGUUCCCGCAAAAGGUCGCCAAGUUGGUUUCGGCGACGAUUAAUGAGAAUUCGACUGCUUGGAAGCAGGGGAAGUCUGGGAAUGUUCCGAGAGUGGUGCUUGUGGUGACAAAGAUUGAUCUUUUGCCGAGCUCAUUGUCACCGACCAAGUUGGAGCAUUGGGUCAGGCAAAGAGCAAGGGAAGGUGGAGCUAAUAAGAUAACUAGUUUGCAUUUGGUGAGUGCAGUGAAGGACUGGGGAUUGAAGAACCUGGUUGAGGAUAUUCGGAAUUUGGCAGGGCCAAGAGGGAAUGUUUGGGCUAUUGGAGCACAAAAUGCUGGUAAAAGCACAUUGAUCAAUGCAAUAGGGAGGCAUGUUGGAGGCAAGAUUUCGAAUCUGACUGAAGCUCCUGUUCCCGGAACAACAUUGGGGAUUUUAAGAGUGGAAGGUGUUCUUCCGGCACAGGCGAAGUUGUUCGAUACACCGGGGCUUUUGAAUCCGCAUCAGAUCACAACAAGGCUGACAAGAGAAGAGCAGAAACUUGUUCACAUCAGCAAGGAAUUGAAACCGAGGACUUAUAGGAUCAAGGCUGGCCAUUCUGUUCAUAUUGCUGGUCUUAUGAGGCUGGAUGUAGAAGAAUCAUCUGGAGAAUCUAUUUAUAUUACGGUGUGGGCAUCUGUUUAUCUUCCAUUGCACAUGGGGAAAACAGAAAAUGCAAGCACAAUGGUGGAGGAACAUUUUGGUCGACAAUUACAGCCACCAAUUGGGGAGCAAAGAGUAAAAGAGCUUGGACAAUGGGUGAGGAAGGAGUUCAAUGUGUGUGGGAAUAGCUGGGAUUCAAGCUGUGUGGACAUUGCUGCUUCUGGCCUUGGUUGGUUUGCUGUUGGACUUAAAGGAGAGGCAGUUUUAGGCGUUUGGACCUACGAAGGAAUCGAUGUUGUUCUUCGUAAUUCAUUGAUUCCUGAUAGAUCACGGAUUUUUGAAGUCGCAGGUUUUACAGUCUCAAAGAUUGUAUCCAAGGCAGACCAAGCUUCAAAUAGUUUACUGCACCAGAGUGGGAAGAAAAGGAAACGGGGCAUCACAAAAGAAUCUGAACCCCCUCUUUAAAUAUUCAUUUUUAUUUUUAUCCAACAAUAUACCAUUUCUAAUGCGAUUGCACUUUUUUUUCUUUU